AUGGAUUCUGUUCACGUCAAAAUGGAGGACUCGAAUGACCUUCUUGCGGGGAACGCAGGUGGGCAAAAUAUGCAAUUUUAUAGGCCACCGCAGUCCGGAUACGGGGUGUUGAGACAUCCAACGACGGCUGUCCGAGGAGUUCCGGCGCAAGAGCAAGCCGGAAAUGUCAAUAUGCGUCCAUUUCCAACACACCAACCAAACAUUUCAGCUGCAGGUUCGGGACAUGCUGUAGGCGCAGAAUCAGUGCCACUUCUGCCACCUCACCCGGCAAAUUUUCAUAUGAACAACGGUAUGUCGGAUCCCUCGUUGCAGGAAUACCUGUCGCCGUUUUUCCAGCCUUACGGCGUAGACGUUUCACACUUCCCGCUCACGAAUCCACCCAUAUUCCAAAGCUCCCUGACCAACUUUUCCGACCAUCCAAGAAGGCGUAGAAUAUCCAUAUCGAACGGUCAGAUUAGUCAACUUGGAGACGCCACGCAUUCUUUCGACGAUUUGUACUAUAGUCAGCCUCCGCCAAUGCCUAUAAGGCAUGAGCACAAGAGCGCUGCUAACGAGACCAAGAACGGGGUUUUCCCCCAGCAGCACCCACAGCCACCUCAGCAAACUCAGCAAGUCCAAGUGGCGCAACAACACUUGCAAACGCCAGCUGUAGCUACUUCACGACCUCAUUCACAGCCACAGCAACCAUAUCAAGCAGUUCAGGGGCCUGGCUCAAAGGAUUACAACCUACACGCACUUACACCAAAACUCGAGGACGAGGUGGACCCCACAGACCCGAUUAUCCAGGAUGGAUACAAUGGCAAGAAUAUCACGGAUUUCAAAAAUUCUGCACAGGCCAACGCAAUCACGCCUCAGUCUUUGAACAAUGGUUACUCGAUGCGUCAUGGCGUGCUGCCUGGAACGCCUGCAUGGAAAAGAGCAAGACUUUUGGAAAGGAACCGAAUCGCUGCUUCUAAAUGCAGGCAGCGAAAAAAAUAUGCGCACCAGCAGCUCCAGGAGGAUGCUGAAAUACUAACUCGCGAAAACAUUGAAAUGCGCAAACGUCUUCAGUACUUCGAGAAAUUGGUGCUUAAGUUUAAGAGGUUUACAGAAUUGCAUAUGGCUUCUUGCGGCGGGUCCGAACAGCUUAGCAUGUUUGAAGAGCUACUAAAGAUAGACCACAAUAUGACAGAUCCAGGGCCUCUAACGGGCUCUGAUGCCACUGAUACUAGCGAUCCGUGA